AUGGAGUACUAUCCUCAGGGCGCACAAGGCGUGGCCUUUGGCGCCCACGCUGGGCUUGGGCGGAUGCACCUGCCGGCUGCACCGGUGGCACCCGUCGCCGUUCCACCAGCGCAGGUUCCGCCUGAUCCACGACAAGUGGGCAUGGACGAACAAGUCUACUUGCUGGUUUUGGACCUGCAAAAGGGCUACUCUGGAAGUUCCGAGAAGGGCGACGAGCGUGAAAACGCACUGCUGGAACUGUCGAAGCGACGCGAGUCGUUGCAGGACUUGGCGCCGAUCUUGUGGCACUCCUGGGGUUCCGUCGUGGCACUGAUACAGGAGAUUGUGUCGAUCUAUCCGCACCUCGCCAACUCGGCCGCUCAACCACAACUCACGGCCAACGCGUCGAACCGCGUUUGCAACUCCUUGGCGUUGAUGCAGUGUUUGGCAUCACAUCCUGAAACACGUCCCUUGUUCUUGAAAGCACAGAUCCCACUGCUGCUUUAUCCGUUUCUGAACACGGUCAGCGCAGACAGGCCCUUCGAAUACUUGCGGCUCACCUCCUUGGGGGUCAUCGGUGCGUUGGUGAAGGUCGACGAUCCGGAGGUCAUUUCGUUCCUCUUGCAGACCGAGAUCAUUCCCUUGUGUUUGAGGAUCAUGGAGAACGGCAGCGAGCUCUCCAAGACGGUGGCGACCUUCAUCGUGCAGAAGCUUUUGCUGGACGACCAGGGCCUGCAAUACGUUUGCUUCACUGCCGAGCGCUUCUAUGCCGUCGCAAAAGUCUUGGCCAAGAUGGUGGAGGUCCUUGUGCAGCUGCCAUCGAUCCGGCUGCUGAAGCAUGUGGUGCGCUGCUACCUGAGGCUUUGUGACUCUGCCAUUGCCAAGGAGGUGCUGAAGACCUGUUUGCCCGAUGGCCUGCAAUCGGAUCCAAGUUUGCAGCGCUUGCCGGAGUCGAUCCUAUCAAGCUUAGAGGAGGACCCGGCGACCAAGCGUUGGCUGGUGACCUUGUUGACGACGCUCCAGUACCGAUGA